AUGUCUGUGUUGAUGGUGGAAGAGUGGAAACUUUUAGAGCAGUUUCGUGAUCUUAGCUUGGUAUGUGAAUUGACAUCGGAUAGUGUGAGGUUGGGUAUGCUGAAAGUGACCAAUGAUUUUCUAUCAACCAUUAGCGAGAGACAGAAAACGGAUGUGAAGCUUGUUGAUUUGUUUAUGGUGGCAAAUCAAGGUGUUGAGGGUGACUUCAGUGUGGAUAGUCAGGGUGUUUUGAGAUUCCGUGUGGCGAAGUUAGCCGAGAUUUAUAUCAGGGUGAUAGUGAAGUUACAUGGUAUACCGUUGAGUAUUGUGUCGCAUCGGGAUCCGAGGUUUACAUCUGAUUUUUGGAAGAGUUUACAAGAGGCUUUAGGCUCUAAGUUGAGGUUGAGUUCGGCUUAUCAUCCUCAGACAGACGGCCAGACUGAGAGGACUAUUCAAUCGUUGGAAGACUUGUUGAGAGCGUGUGUUCUUGAGAAGGGAGAGGGUGGUAGUGGUGGAAUGAAUUUCAUACAUGAUUUUGUGAAAUGGAAAUUGAUAUUCAAUGAUGUCUUACAGUGA